CGUGGACCGGCACCCAUCCUCCAGAACCCGCCGCGCGUUAUGGCCGCUGCGGCAGCCCCCCGCGGCCUCCUUAUUCUCCUACAGGUGCUCGGGCUCGCCCUGGCUCAGAUCAGAGGACCGCCGGGAGAGCCCGGGCCCCCAGGCCCUCCUGGGCCGCCAGGAGUACCUGGAUCUGAUGGCAUCGACGGUGACAAGGGACCCCCUGGGAAAGCUGGCCCUCCGGGAUCCAAGGGAGAGCCUGGCAAACCUGGGCCAGAUGGGCCCGAUGGGAAGCCUGGGAUUGAUGGUGUAACUGGAGCCAAAGGGGAGCCUGGUUCUGUGGGGACUCCUGGAGUCAAGGGCCAACCCGGGCUCCCAGGCCCCCCUGGCCUGCCAGGCCCUGGUUUUGCUGGACCUCCUGGACCUCCAGGACCUGUUGGCCUCCCUGGUGAGAUUGGAAUCCCAGGCCCCAAGGGGGAUCCAGGACCAGAGGGACCAUCAGGGCCCCCAGGCCCCCCUGGGAAACCGGGACGCCCAGGAACCAUUCAGGGCCUAGAAGGCAGCGCUGACUUCCUGUGUCCAACCAACUGUCCAGCUGGUGUGAAAGGGCCCCCAGGGCUGCAGGGAGUAAAGGGGCAUCCUGGCAGACGGGGGAUUCUGGGUGAUCCUGGCCGCCAGGGAAAGCCGGGUCCCAAGGGAGAUGUGGGUGCCUCUGGAGAGCAAGGCAUCCCUGGACCGCCGGGUCCCCAGGGCAUUAGGGGCUACCCAGGAAUGGCAGGACCUAAGGGAGAAACGGGUCUUCGUGGGUAUAAAGGCAUGGUGGGCUCCAUUGGUGCUCCUGGGUCACCGGGUGAGGAAGGUCCAAGAGGGCCACCAGGUCGAGCUGGGGAGAAGGGUGAUGUGGGUAGCCAAGGUGCUCCAGGACCCCAAGGGAUAACAGGCCCAAAGGGAGCAACUGGCCCCCCAGGCAUCGAUGGCAAGGAUGGAACCCCAGGCAUACCUGGUAUGAAGGGCCACGUAGGACAGGCAGGACGACCAGGAAGCCCAGGCCACCAGGGCUUAGCAGGUGUGCCGGGCCAGCCAGGGACAAAAGGAGGUCCUGGAGAUAAGGGUGAGCCUGGCCAGCAGGGUCUCCCUGGAUUUUCUGGUCCCCCUGGAAAGGAGGGAGAGCCAGGACCCAGAGGAGAAAUUGGUCCUCGGGGCAUCGUGGGACAGAAGGGUGACCAGGGUGAAAGGGGGCCAGUGGGACAGCCAGGUCCCCAAGGACGACAGGGCCCCAAGGGAGAGCAGGGACCCCCUGGAAUCCCAGGACCCCAAGGCUUGCCAGGCAUCAAGGGAGAUAAGGGCUCCCCAGGAAAGCCCGGGCCCCGCGGCGGAGUGGGAGACCCGGGGGUGGCCGGCCUCCCGGGGGAGAAAGGCGAGAAGGGCGAAUCUGGUGAGCCGGGGCCCAAGGGACAGCCAGGAGUCCGUGGAGAGCAGGGCUACCCUGGCCCCAGCGGGGAUGCUGGCGCCCCAGGGGUGCAGGGUUACCCAGGGCUGCCUGGCCCUCGAGGACAGGCUGGAGACCGAGGCGUGCCAGGACUGCCAGGGAGACAGGGCGUGGCGGGCCGAGCUGCUAGUGACCAGCACAUCGAAGAUGUGGUGCUGAAGAUGAUGCAAGAGCAACUGGCAGAGGUGGCUGUGAGUGCCAAGCGGGAAGCCCUUGGCUCAGUUGGGAUGAUGGGUCCUCCAGGACCACCUGGCCCGCCUGGAUACCCAGGCAAGCAGGGCCCGAAUGGGCACCCUGGCCCUCGAGGAAUUCCAGGACUCGUGGGAGCUGUGGGUCAGAUUGGCAAUACUGGGCCCAAGGGAAAGCGUGGAGAGAAGGGUGACCAAGGAGAAGUAGGGCGUGGGCACCCUGGGAUGCCUGGGCCCCCAGGGAUCCCAGGACUCCCUGGCCGGCCUGGGCAGGCAAUCAACGGCAAGGAUGGAGACAGAGGGUCCCCAGGGGCUCCAGGAGAAGCAGGCCGACCUGGCCUGCCAGGCCCUGUGGGACUGCCAGGUUUCUGUGAGCCUGCAGCCUGCCUGGGGGCUUCAGCCUAUGCCUCAGCCCGACUCACUGAGCCGGGAUCCAUCAAGGGGCCAUGAACAGCAGCACAGAACACAGCCCACAGGCAUCCUGGGUCCCCUUGAAGUGGACAGACACUCCAGCCCAGGAAACUAGCUUUCCCAG